GUCGGCAUCCGUAACACACUCGCUCUGCCCACGCGUUCCAUUCUCUCCUACUGACUCGCCGCCUGCGCCGCAGCAGCAUGGACGCCCCAAGGCAGGUGGUCAAUUUUGGGCCCGGGCCCGCCAAGCUGCCGCGCUCGGUAUUGUUAGAGAUACAAAAAGAAUUACUAGACUACAAAGGCAUUGGGAUUAGUGUUCUUGAAAUGAGCCACAGGUCAUCAGAUUUUGCUAAGAUUCUUAACAACACGGAGAAUCUUGUGCGGGAACUGCUAGCUGUUCCAGACAACUACAAGGUGAUUUUUGUGCAAGGAGGUGGCUGUGGCCAGUUCAGUGCUGUUCCCUUAAACCUGAUUGGACGGAAAGCAGGAAGGUGUGCCGACUAUGUGGUGACAGGAGCUUGGUCUGCUAAGGCUGCGGAAGAGGCCAAGAAGUUUGGGACUGUGAACAUUGUCCACCCUAAACUUGGGAGUUACACAAAAAUUCCAGACGCAAGCACCUGGACCCUCAGCCCUGAGGCCUCCUACGUGUAUUACUGCGCCAACGAGACCGUGCAUGGUGUGGAGUUUCACUUUAUCCCUGACGUCAAGGAUGCAGUGCUGGUUUGUGACAUGUCCUCAAACUUCCUAUCCAAGCCAGUGGAUGUUUCCAAGUUUGGGGUGAUUUUUGCUGGUGCGCAGAAGAACGUUGGCUCUGCCGGAGUCACGGUAGUGAUCGUCCGCGAUGACCUGCUGGGCUUCGCCCUCAGAGAGUGCCCCUCGGUCCUGGAGUACAAAGUGCAGGCCACAAACAACUCCUUGUACAACACACCUCCCUGCUUCAGUGUCUACGUCAUGGGCUUGGUCCUGGAGUGGAUUAAGAACAAUGGCGGUGCAGCGGCCAUGGAGAAGCUUAGCUCCAUCAAAUCUCAAAUGAUUUAUGAUAUCAUUGAUAAUUCGCAAGGAUUCUAUGUAUGUCCAGUGGAGCCCCAGAAUAGAAGCAAGAUGAAUAUUCCAUUCCGCAUUGGCAAUGCCAAAGGGGACGAUGCUUUAGAAAAAAGAUUUCUCGAUAAAGCCCUUGAGCUCAACAUGAUCUCCUUGAAAGGGCAUCGGUCUGUGGGAGGCAUCCGGGCCUCUCUGUAUAAUGCCGUCACGAUCGAGGAUGUGCAGGAGCUGGCAGCCUUCAUGAAGAAAUUUUUGGAGAUGCAUCAACUGUGAAUACAUCCUGUCUAAUAUAUACUCUACCCUUGAACAAUGUCCAAAAUUUAAAGUAACUUAAUGGCUUCAAAAAAUUACCCAUGGUAUUUUUCUCAAAGGAACAUGCUUAUUAGAGAUUUUUCUUUUGUUUUUCAAACAACAACGAGAUAUACACAGCUGGUACUGCACAGCUGGUACAACAGACACCUUAAUUUUGACUUGAACUGGAAGCAUUUAAAAAAUCUCACUUUAGCUUUUCUAAUGAUUCCAGCUUAUGUUGUCUUUGCUGAUACUUUUUCUAGCUAGAUCUCAGUAUUCAGACUUGCCUGUGGACUUACACAAAGUAUUAAUAUUUCAAACUUGUAGCAUUGAGGGUAGGUGGGGUUCGUUAGGUGCUGAAUCUUGAUCCUUUUCAAAAUGACAGCAGUGGGGACUUCUGGGUUCCACAAUUGUCAAUUCAGGUCAACCUUGACCAUGUGGUGAGUGUUUAGGAGUUGUAGGCUAAAGGGCCAAUUAGAGAUCUUUAUACUGUUAUUCUCAUAAAGAGAUAAAAGUGACAUACCAUAUGUUUAUAUAGCAAGGUCUGUUUUUAAUACCAGAUAGUUUAUAUCUCUAUACAUUUAUAUUUCUAAUGAUGUGGUUUUCAAUGAUAUAUGUAGUGACUUUGGGAAUUAGUUAGAAUCCCAGACCUUAUGUGUUAAUAGCAGUAUAUUUUCAAUGGUUUUUGUCUCUCUCCUUCCUUUUGAAGCUGCUUUAAGAGAUUUAGGAGCUCCUCGAUUCACUUUUAUUUUCCUUUCAAUAGGUGGAAGAGAAAGUUGGUUGGUUGGUUCUUUAUUUUUCAGUUAUGCCGUUAAACUAAAAAAUCUCUGUUAAAUUCCCUUUUGUUCAACUUGACUGUUCUCGUUAUAGUGUUUGCCCAUAGUGAUGCUAUAAGUUCUGGAAAAUCCUUGCUGAAGAGUCUUUUCCUCUAUUAUUCAUCCAUUGUCAGUAUUUUAUGUUGAAUACGUG